GGCUCUGCGGGAGUUGGGGCCACCCUUGGACUCGGGAAGAGCUCCUGCCCAGGGCCCCAUUGGGAACGGACUCUGCUGAGCAAAGCCAUGAGUCGAAGAGGACAGAAUCUGCACCAAUUGAACACCUGUUUCUCCGCGCUCCAACAGCCCCCAGAUAAGCAGUGUGGUGAGAAUGAGGAAGUAAUGGACGGUGAGGAGAGGCUGUGCUGGCUCCGAAAAGUGGGAGGUGGUAUGAUGGUAAUUGUCGGCAUUGGUGCAGGGCUGUUGCGGGUUAGGCAUUGUUCUAGUCACUUCCUGUGCACUGAGUUCUUAAUCUUCACAACGACCCUCUGAGGUAGACUCUGACCAUCUUUACUUUGCGAACGAGGAAACGGAUACCCAAAGAGGGCCUGACUGAACCGCCCAGCCACCUUUGCUGCCUGGCUCUUCCUGCAGCCUCGUGCGGGAUGCCUCUGCCCCAAGAACUGAGGGCUCAGGGGCCCCCCAGGCUUUGGCUUUCUGGCCCUGGGGUGCACCCCCCACAGGCUGCACCUUCCUGCAGGAUUACAGCCCCAUUCCUCCCCACUCCCAAGGAUGCUUCACAGGGAUCGAGGGUGAAGAGCCAGCGCUCUGGUGGUGCUUGCAUUCUAGUGAGGAGGUGACAGCCAACAAGCAAAUGCACUCUGGGUGGUGGUGCCCUUGCAAAGAAGUCCAGAACGGUGAAUGGAUGAAGAGGGAAGACGUUGCUCCUUCAGAGACUCCUCAGGGAAGGCCUCUGGUGGUGUGUCUAAGCACAGACCCGGAUGGAGUGCGUGAAGGGAUGAACAGUGUCGCCGCCCGGAAACGUUGCAGGCGGAGGCAACAGCAAUUGCGAAAGCUCUGAGCCCAGAGUGGGUCUGUUGUGUGGCAAGAGCAAGGAGGCGGCCAGGGUGGCUUGAGUGGAGUGACAGUGCAGAUGCCAAUGCCAAGGGGGCCCUGUUAGGGCUGUCUUCCUAGGACUUCCCUCAUGUACCACGUGGGCCUGACCCCUGAGGGGAAUGAAGGGGCAGGCCAGCGGGGCAGUGGCCUGGGUAUAAAAAGGCACUACGUGCUCCUUGGAGUAAUUCAGACGUUCGGUGCCAAUGAACUCCGAUUUCCGUCUGGGUCUCCUGGUGAACGAACGCAAUGCCAAGAAGCUGGUGACGGCCAUCUUCUUCUCCGCCAUGGCUAACAGCAUUAAGUAUGAAGUGGCCUCCCAGCAGGAGGGGGAUGAUCCCCCCUCGGCCGAUGAAACCAGCCCAGGGUCCGAGCAGGUAAAGCUGAAGAAGGAGAUCUCGCUGCUUAAUGGCGUGUGCCUGAUUGUGGGGAACAUGAUUGGCUCGGGCAUCUUUGUCUCCCCCAAGGGCGUGCUCAUGUACAGUGCCUCCUUUGGCCUCUCCCUGGUCAUCUGGGCUGUUGGGGGCCUCUUCUCCGUUUUUGGGGCCCUUUGUUAUGCGGAAUUGGGCACCACCAUUAAGAAAUCUGGGGCCAGCUAUGCCUACAUCCUCGAGGCCUUCGGGGGAUUCCUUGCCUUCAUCCGACUCUGGACCUCACUCCUCAUCAUCGAGCCCACCAGCCAGGCCAUCAUUGCCAUCACCUUUGCCAACUACAUGGUGCAGCCAAUCUUCCCGAGCUGCUUCGCCCCCUAUGUUGCUGGGCGCCUGCUGGCCGCUGCCUGCAUCUGUCUCUUAACCUUCAUUAACUGUGCCUACGUCAAGUGGGGAACGCUGGUACAAGAUAUCUUCACCUAUGCUAAAGUGUUGGCGCUGAUUGCUGUCAUCAUCGCGGGCAUUGUUAGACUUGGCCAGGGAGCCUCGACGCACUUUGAGAAUUCUUUUGAGGGUUCAUCAUUUGCAAUGGGUGAUAUUGCCCUGGCACUGUACUCGGCUCUGUUCUCUUACUCGGGCUGGGACACGCUCAACUACGUCACUGAAGAGAUCAAGAAUCCUGAGAGGAAUCUGCCCCUGUCCAUUGGCAUUUCCAUGCCCAUUGUCACCAUCAUCUACAUCUUGACCAAUGUGGCCUAUUACACCGUCCUAGACAUGAGGGACAUCCUAGCCAGUGAUGCUGUUGCUGUGACUUUUGCAGACCAGAUUUUUGGAAUUUUCAACUGGACAAUUCCGCUGGCGGUUGCGUUAUCCUGCUUUGGUGGCCUCAAUGCCUCCAUCGUGGCUGCUUCUAGGCUUUUCUUUGUGGGUUCAAGAGAAGGCCAUCUCCCUGAUGCUAUCUGCAUGAUUCAUGUUGAGCGGUUCACACCAAUACCUGCUCUGCUCUUCAAUGGUAUCAUGGCACUGAUCUACCUGUGUGUGGAGGACAUCUUCCAGCUCAUUAACUACUACAGCUUCAGCUACUGGUUCUUUGUGGGGCUCUCUAUUGUGGGUCAGCUUUAUCUGCGCUGGAAGGAGCCUAAUCGGCCUCGUCCCCUCAAGCUCAGCCUGUUCUUCCCCAUUGUCUUCUGCCUCUGCACCAUCUUCCUGGUAGCUGUGCCACUUUACAGCGACACCAUCAACUCCCUCAUCGGCAUUGGCAUCGCCCUCUCAGGCCUGCCCUUCUACUUCCUCAUCAUCAGAGUGCCAGAACACAAAAGACCUCACUGCCUCCGAAGGAUUGUGGCAUCCGCUACAUGGUACCUCCAGGUCUUAUGUAUGUCCGUUGCUGCAGAGAUGGAUUUGGAAGAUGGAGAGAUGCCCAAGCACCGAGAUCCCAAGUCUAACUAAAUACCAUCUAGAAUCAAUCCUGAGAUGUGGAAAGCAGGGGAUCUUGUCCCUUACUGGCUGGAGCCAAGGAAGAUGAAAAGGAAAAGUACAUCUCCUUGUUGAAGCUGCUCAGACCAGGCUUCGGGACAGGUGCCUUCAAUUUUCGAACUUGCUGUUUGAGAGAUGAAAAGUAAUUUAUUUGUUCUGCUACACAUUGCUUUAUUGUCCCUUUUAAAAAAAAUCUGGAACAGACUGUGGUGGGGAGCAUGUCAGGUGUGGGCUUGGUUUUACUAGUAGCACAUUCCCACGCGUUAAGACAGUCGCUCACCUCUGGGUGUGCCCACCCACUCCUUUUCCUUUAAAAGGGCCAAUAAUGCUCCGGACUUCCUGUCUCCUUUAGAGAGACAUGAAACUGUCACAGGUGCUAGAUAAUAAAAGGGUUAUGUUGUAAA